AUGCUUGGUCCUUUAAAUAUCAAUCUCUCCGAAUAUGGAGUCUCAACAAAAAAUGGAUUUCUUCCAGAUAUUAAUCCUCUUCCACGAUUAAUUGCAUAUUCCGAAUGGGAGGAUUUAGUCGAUGAAAUACCAUUUUUAAUCAAGGAAGGAUUAUUCAGACAACAUGCAGAUGCAUUACCAAUUUUAGAUACUUCGAAUUUACAAGAGGAAGAUGAAUGGCGAAGAGCCUAUCAUUUAUUAUCUUUUAUGACCCAUUCAUAUAUCUGGGGAGGAAAACUUCCAUCAGAGAUAUUACCCCCUCAAAUAUCCAAGCCCUUCCUAGUUGUGUCAUCUCAUCUAGGCCUCCCACCAACCGCCACAUAUGCCGCCCUCAACCUUUGGAACUUCACCAGUACAUCUCCCACACAAGAUCUUACCGAUCUAGAUCAUUUAUCCUGUCAGCAUACCUUCACCAAUACACCUGAUGAAUCCUGGUUUUAUCUCGUAUCCGUUGCUAUCGAAGCUCGAGGCGCAGAAGUCAUUCCUCUCAUGAUUAAAGCAAUGAACGCUGUUCGAGCAGACGAACCAUCCAUUUUAAUAUCAUGUUUAGAAAAGUUUUCAACUUGUAUACAUGAUUGUGGUAUUCUUCUUGAACGGAUGUAUGAGCGAUGUGAUCCGGAGGUCUUCUAUCACGUCAUUCGACCAUUUUUAGCUGGAAGUAAAAAUAUGGCUGCCGCUGGUUUACCUAGAGGUUUAUUUUAUGAUGAGGGAGAAGGGAAUGGUGAAUGGAGACAGUAUAGUGGAGGAAGUAAUGCUCAGAGUAGCUUGAUACAAUUCUGGGAUGCGGUAUUAGGUGUUAAACAUGUGCCUACACGGCCUAUGGGGAGAUCACAAAGUGAAGUUGUGCCGCCGAAGAAAGGUGGUCAUGGUUACCUAGAUGAAAUGCGCAACUACAUGCCCGGGCCCCACCGUUCCUUCCUCCAAUACAUCAGCACCAACUCCCCCAUCCAAACCUACAUCCACGAAACGGCCUGUUCAAGCGAAGCAAGCCAAGCUUACAACCAAGCUGUAGAAACCCUAACUAGUUUCCGCGAUAUCCACAUUCAAAUCGUUACUCGAUAUAUCAUUACGCCAUCACGAAAAGCCAUGGCUCAAGGUACGGAAAAGGAAAAUGCGGGUUUGAAUUUGGCGGUUGCGACGACGAGAAAGGGUGGGAAGGAUUUUAGGGGAACGGGAGGAACGCAGUUGAUUCCGUUUUUGAAACAGAGUAGGGAUGAGACCAGGGAUAUGUUUGUGGAUGUUGUGGGGAGUCCGUAG